AUCGUCGGACUAUUUGCCGGAAUCUGUUCCCUCGAGGGACACAACUCCGGGAAGAAGGGAAACAAAUACCAGACUUUCGAUGGGAAAAUGGCGGCAGUCGCCUUCGCUCACAAAUCCGUGCGCAACGCAAGGCUCAAUUAUAAGAAUCCGGAAUAUGAGCUCAUUGCUCGAGGGUAUAAGCGCCUCAACAGCCACGUGGAGAGGAAACAACCAGUCACCACAUCCAUGCUUCUCGCGAUGCAUCGCCAACUCGAAGCCGACCGGUCUGUAGACAAUGCGGACACCAAUGACAUGUUGUGGGGGUCUAUCCUACUGGGUUACUUCUUUCUGGAUCGCAGCUCAGAGCUGUGGGGGCCAAUUGUGCAAGACUAUUCUACGGGUGGGCGAACACAUUGUAUCCGCGCUGAAGACGUGACAGUCCAAGACCGGGAUGGUGUCCCAAUCCAGGCCAGCAGAGGCCAAGGACACUCCGUGGAAAUACAUUUCAGGUCGCACAAAGGUGACCAGACUCGACAAGGAUCUACAGUUCGCCACUACAGGUCUGGUCAGCGUCACCUGUGCCCGGUGGCGGCCGCGGAGGCCUGUCUCGCGAUCCGUCAAAAAUGGAUACAAGCUGGAAAGAGGUUGGGUCCAUACCUCACAUCUGUGAAUGGGUCUGCAACAAUCUCGAAGUCGUCCGUAGCGAACCUGAUCAAGGCUGCAGCUACGAAUCUGGUCCUGAAUCCAAACGAUUACUCGACCCACUCCCUUCGGAUUGGUGGGGCAUGUGCCCUAUUGGCUGCCGGGAAAAGCGAGUUAGUCAUUCGUCUGAUGGGACGUUGGGCAAGUUGA